AUGACCCUUAUUGACUUCGUCAAGAGUGGUCCACCUCGGUUUAAUGGAAAUGCCAAUGCGUUAGAGGCUGAUGGGUGGUUUCGAGACAUGGAGAGAUUUUUAUACAUUCAGCACAUAUCGGAAGCACAGUCGGUGGAAAUAGUAACUUACUUGUUGGAGGGAGAGGCUCAGAAAUGGUGGCAGGAGUUAUAUCAUACCUUGCAGAUGGAGUUAACAGAUAUCCCUUGGAAUAGAUUCAAGACGGAAUUUUACGGGAAAUAUUUCUUACAUGCACUUCGCAUUGCAAAGGAAUUAGAGUUAAUGCAACUGAAACAAGAGAAUAUGUCUGUUGCUGACUAUACUCGUGAAUUUGACAACCUGUGUCAUCUCUCAAAAGUUUGUCAAGGAAAUCCAGCCGACUAUGAGGCGUGGAAGUGUGCUCAAUAUGAGAAAGGACUUAGAAGAGACAUCUUCAACUACGUGAGUCCACAAAAGCUAACGAAUUUCCCUGAAUUGGUUAAGAAAAGUAAAUUCGCAAAAAGUGAUUCCAUGAAGCGAGCAAUGUUACAGGAAGGCUAUGGAAAGACUACUCCAUAUGAGCCGCAUAGGGCUGAGCUAGGUGUAUACUACAAGUGCGGGAAGCCGGGGCAUACAACUCGAGACUAUCCGCACAGGGAACGCCGAGAUGCAGCCGAACUCGAUUCUCAGACUUGA